AACUCUCUCCUCUUCCUCUGUUGUGAUCAUAACAUUAUGGCCAGCCCACAGUCUAAUUUACCUCCUGGUUUUAGGUUUCACCCUACUGAUGAGGAGCUCAUUCUCCACUAUCUCAGGAAGAAGGUCGCCUCCAUGCCCUUACCCGUCUCCAUCAUUGCCGAGGUUGAUAUCUACAAGUCUGAUCCCUGGAACUUACCUGAGAAGGCAGCGUUUGGGGAUAAAGAAUGGUACUUUUUCAGUCCCCGUGACCGCAAGUACCCAAACGGGGCGAGGCCAAACAGGGCAGCUGGUUCAGGGUACUGGAAGGCGACGGGCACUGACAAGACGAUAGUGGCAUCGUUGCCUGGAGGAGGAGCGACGGAGAUCGUGGGGGUGAAGAAGGCCCUAGUGUUCUACACUGGAAAACCCCCCAAGGGCGUCAAGACCAACUGGAUCAUGCAUGAAUAUCGCCUCCUCGACAACACCAGAAACAGACCUGUCAAGUUCCAUGACUGCUCCAUGAGAUUGGAUGACUGGGUUCUUUGCCGAAUUUACAAGAAGUCCAAAUAUGCAGAAUCUCCCACUGCAGAAGCAGAAACGACCUUGGUGGCUGACCAAGAUACCGCAGAAGAGCAGAUAUUGCCGAGCUCUCAAUCUCCCUCUCCUCAUCAAAACAUUCUGAUUCCUCAAAAAUCAAUGUCUUUCUCGAACUUGUUAGAUGCCGCAGACUUCUCCAUGUUGAGCAGCUUAUUGUCUGACAACUAUUCCACCCCACCUGGAUUUGAAUCAGGCGCAGCUGCUGCUAGUUCUAACUCUGAAACUAUCAAUCUGGAUCAACAAUCAUCCCAAAACACUCACGCCAACAGCAGUUUCUUGCUUCAGAGGACCCCCCAAUUAAAUCCCUCCAUCCAAAGCAUGGAAAACAAUAUGCACAAGCGUCACAUUUCAGGCCUGGAUGAGGAUAUCUCAUACCCAUCAAAAAGGUAUCUCAGCUCUGCUUCCUGCAGCUUCCCUACCAACAAUACCAACCAAUUCGAGAAUCCACAGUGGAACUUCCUCCUCAAGCAGUCGUUGUUGAACCAGCAGUUACUUCCGGGGCCUCAUCUUCGCUUUCAGGGAUAAAUCCAAACACUUCUAAAACAAUUUUUUCAAGAACACUAUCUUAGGUGAGAUAAGUAAAAUAUCUAGAAGCUGAGCCCGCAGGGCAGCGCAUCGUCUGAUCCAUCCGCUCCUUACGUAUGGAUUAGCACGAAAAGAUAUUAGGGGUCUCUUUUUUUUUUUUUUUGAAGGAGGUAGCUAGGGAAUGAAAUGGACAAGAGAACUGUUUAAUUGAUAAGGAACUGAAAGGGGAGAUUCUGGCGUCAUGAGUGAGGAGACUGUUUGGGGGGGGGUGGCGGAUCAAAAAUGAUUCGUGCACAAAAUUAAUUAAUGAUCUUAAUUUGUACGCGUUGGGCUGGCGGGUAAGCUUCAAAAGAUACCUGUAGAUAAGGGAUUGCUGAUUGUGAAAUGUGAUGAUAUGUGAUUCUUUUCCAAGGAAAAGUCCUCAGUUUCUCUGUUUUAGAA